ACUUCCGGGGCGGGGGAGGCAGAGUGGUGCAGUGAGGGACAAACAAAAGGAGGCGCCGGAGGAGCGCGGCGUCCGGCGGCCGGAGAGGGUGGUGGAGGGCCAGGGCUGCCUGCCCGGCGGCUGCGAGCGGCGAGCCUAGGGCAGCAGCAGCGUCCAUGGAGCAAAAGGAAUGUCAGGACCCUGUGCAUCCAGACGGGGACCAGCCUCAGCACCAACAGCCAACACAAAGAUAGCAGAGCCAUCUCAGGACAGAAGCUAGACAGCCUGCAGGUCACUUCCUGAGAAAGGCCCUACUCCCCUGUACCCUUCUCACCCUUCUGCUGCUCUUCCUUCACACUCGGGACGUCCAGGACACGGGCAGGUUAAACCAUGAUUCCGGUGACAGAGCUCCGCUACUUCGCGGACACACAGCCAGCAUACCGGAUCCUGAAGCCGUGGUGGGAUGUGUUCACUGACUACAUCUCCAUUGUCAUGCUGAUGAUCGCUGUCUUUGGGGGGACACUGCAAGUCACCCAGGACAAGAUGAUCUGCCUACCUUGUAAGUGGGUCACCAAAGACUCCUGCAACGACUCCUUCCGGGGCUGGGGGGCCUCCAGCCCAGAGCCCACUUACCCCAACUCCACAGUCCUGCCUACUCCUGACACGGGCCCCACAGGUAUCAAGUAUGACCUAGAUCGCCACCAGUACAACUACGUGGAUGCUGUGUGUUACGAGAACCGCCUGCAUUGGUUUGCCAAGUACUUCCCCUACCUCGUGCUCCUGCACACCCUCAUCUUCCUGGCCUGCAGCAACUUCUGGUUCAAGUUCCCACGCACCAGCUCGAAGCUGGAGCACUUCGUGUCUAUCCUGCUCAAGUGUUUUGAUUCCCCAUGGACCACACGGGCCCUGUCAGAGACAGUAGUGGAGGAGAGUGACCCCAAGCCAGCCUUCAGCAAGAUGAACGGCUCCAUGGACAAGAAGUCAUCUACGGUCAGUGAGGAUGUGGAGGCCACUGUGCCCAUGCUGCAGCGGACCAAGUCACGGAUUGAGCAGGGCAUCGUGGACCGCUCAGAGACAGGUGUGCUGGACAAGAAGGAAGGGGAGCAGGCGAAGGCACUGUUUGAGAAGGUGAAGAAGUUCCGGACCCACGUGGAGGAGGGGGACAUCGUGUACCGCCUCUACAUGCGGCAGACCAUCAUCAAGGUGAUCAAGUUCUUCCUCAUCAUCUGCUACACCGUGUACUAUGUGCACAACAUCAAGUUUGACGUGGACUGCACCGUGGACAUCGAGAGCCUGACAGGCUACCGCACCUACCGCUGUGCCCACCCUCUGGCCACCCUCUUCAAGAUCCUGGCGUCCUUCUACAUCAGCCUGGUCAUCUUCUACGGCCUCAUCUGCAUGUACACCCUGUGGUGGAUGCUCCGGCGCUCCCUCAAGAAGUACUCGUUUGAGUCGAUCCGAGAGGAGAGCAGCUACAGUGACAUCCCAGACGUCAAGAACGACUUCGCCUUCAUGUUGCACCUCAUUGACCAGUAUGACCCUCUCUACUCAAAGCGCUUCGCCGUCUUCCUGUCUGAGGUAAGUGAGAACAAGCUGCGUCAGCUGAACCUCAACAACGAGUGGACGCUGGACAAGCUGCGCCAGCGGCUCACCAAAAACGCCCAGGACAAGCUGGAGCUGCACCUCUUCAUGCUGAGCGGCAUCCCGGACACCGUGUUUGACCUGCUGGAGUUAGAGGUCCUGAAGCUGGAACUGAUCCCCGACGUGACCAUCCCACCCAGCAUCGCCCAGCUCACAGGCCUCAAGGAGCUCUGGCUGUACCACACGGCAGCCAAGAUCGAGGCUCCUGCCCUGGCCUUCCUGCGAGAGAACCUGCGGGCGCUGCACAUCAAGUUCACUGACAUCAAGGAGAUCCCACUGUGGAUCUACAGCCUGAAGACACUGGAGGAGCUGCACUUGACAGGCAACCUGAGCGCAGAGAACAACCGCUACAUCGUCAUUGACGGACUGCGGGAGCUCAAGCGCCUCAAGGUGCUGCGGCUCAAAAGCAACCUGAGCAAGCUGCCGCAGGUGGUCACGGACGUGGGCGUGCACCUGCAGAAGCUGUCCAUCAACAACGAGGGCACCAAGCUCAUCGUCCUCAACAGCCUCAAGAAGAUGGUUAACCUGACAGAGCUGGAGCUGAUCCGCUGCGACCUGGAGCGCAUCCCUCACUCCAUCUUUAGCCUCCACAACCUGCAGGAGAUCGACCUGAAGGACAACAACCUCAAGACCAUCGAGGAGAUCAUCAGCUUCCAGCAUCUGCACCGCCUCACCUGCCUUAAGCUGUGGUACAACCACAUCGCCUACAUCCCCAUCCAGAUCGGCAACCUCACCAACCUUGAGCGCCUCUACCUGAACCGCAACAAAAUCGAGAAAAUUCCCACCCAGCUCUUCUACUGCCGCAAGCUGCGCUACCUGGACCUCAGCCACAACAACCUGACCUUGCUCCCCGCUGACAUUGGCCUCUUGCAGAACCUCCAGAACCUGGCCGUCACAGCCAAUAGGAUCGAGGCGCUCCCCCCGGAGCUCUUCCAGUGUCGGAAGCUGCGGGCUCUACACCUGGGCAACAAUGUUCUGCAGUCACUGCCCUCGAGAGUGGGUGAGCUGACCAACCUGACGCAGAUUGAGCUUCGGGGCAACCGGCUGGAGUGCCUGCCCGUGGAGCUGGGCGAGUGUCCCCUGCUCAAGCGCAGCGGCCUGGUGGUAGAGGAGGACUUGUUCAGCACACUGCCGCCUGAGGUGAAGGAACGGCUCUGGAGAGCUGACAAGGAGCAGGCCUGAGCACAGCCUGGAGGAGCAGCACAGAACCGCAGCACACCCUCAGGCCAGCGGGCAGCCCAGCUCUCCCCAGACUGCUGGACAGCCAGCUGGGCCCAGCCAAGCAAAGGCUGGGCCAGAGCAGAAAACGGGGACUGAGGGGCUGGCCCCUUUUCUCCUGCUGGGACAUGUCCACCCAGGGCAGGCACUUGCUGGAGACCAGAAUCUCAGAGUGCAGUGUUUGGACAAUCAGGGUCUUCACGCUGGAGCCAUCUCUGCCUCAGUGCUGGGCUGAGCCAGCCCCCAAGCAAGGCCCAGGAACAGUAACCUAGAUCUGGGUAUUUAUUUUCCACUUCCCACCUUCUCCUUCCAGAUAACUUACACAUUCCCAAGAGGGUCGGGCUCUGUGGGCAGUGUUUAGCACCCUGGCAGUCACCUUUUUCUUUUUCGGGUGAUACUGACAGAAUCAAAUCAAGUGCCCAUCCAGCCAGACUUGGGCAGGGUUGGGUAGGGUGAGCCAGCUGCAGGACGGUUGCCGUAUUGGCACUGGGCUAGGCUCUGGCAGCAAAGCGUGUGAGAGACCAGGCUUCCAAGUUGAAGGGUCAGGCCUGGGCUUGCCCCAUCAGUUUUUGAAGCAAUUUUAGAUUUUUUUCUUUUUUUUUUUUUUUUUUUUUUAAGCGAGGGUUUUUUGGGGGGAGGGGUUGGUUGUUUUUUAAGCUUUGAAAUGAUGGUUGAGGUAUUUAAAAAAAAAUUAAAAAAAAAAAGACACUAAAGGCCAGUGAGUUGAAGUCUCAGGUGGGGGGUAUUUCCCCCCUUGAGCAAAGCAGCAAGACAUUGAACAAAAUUUCCUCUCCCUGGGGUGUGGGCCAGGAUGUCUUCCCAGUCUGUCCUGACCUUGGUCCAGAAGUGCUAUUUGCUCUUCUCGUCUCCUGGGGCAGGCUUUUAUUUUGUUUGCUUUUAAGGUUUUGUUUUUUUUUUUUUUUUUUUUUGGUGUCCUGUUAUUUUUUUUCCUCCAUCGGCCUUGGCAGGCACUCUUUUCAUGGCUGUCAGCCAAAAGGAAGGCUCUGGAGCUGCCAAGAAGGGGGGGGAGACUUGGGCUGGCUAAUUCCCAGAUGAACGGUGCUCCAUCCCCCUCCCUACCCCCCUAAUGCCCCUCCACGCACAGUGUUAAGGAGCCCAGAGCAGCUGCUUCCCCACCCCAGCCCCCAACUCUGUCCCCACAUCAAGGAUUUGCUCAAUACCACCUCUUGCCUCUUCUGCUUACAUUAGCUCUGUCACCAUCUGGUCCAUCGUGAAGAGGUGACAUUUAGAGGUAGAUUGGGCAUGAGAGGUCACCACUGGGAGGGCAGGCUCCCCAGUUUUGGGGUUCCAGGACAGUUGUUACUGGGCGCCUGGUUUGCACACAGUACAGUUAGCAUCUAGUGGUGGUAAGCCACUCUGCUUUAGAUCAGUCACUAGGGUCCCUACCUAGAAGGGUCCUUGCCUUAGAUCAAUCCCACGGACACUAAGGCACGUUUAGCGUCUCUUGUCUUAAUGAUUGUGUCUGUCUCCGUCAAUUUGUGUUUUCCGCGUCAUGUCGUUGGAUGUAACCCUUGGAAAUACUGCACACUAGCCUCUGACAACCACGAAGCAAUCCGUUACUCAUGGGUCUGACUUGUAGACUCAGUUCAGAUAUCAAAUAAAUCUAUAACACAAUU